AAAAAAAAAGUGAUAAAAAUAAUAACAACAACAAUAAAUUAAGAUCACCAGACUGAAGGUGAACACAAAUUUUUAUGACAAUUUUGGUUUUUUUUUCUGUUGUUUUUUGUUUAAAGCAAAUAAACAGGUAUAAACACCAGACUCGAGUACUGCUUUUUGUUUUAAAUAUUUAUUUUAUAAUUUAUGUGUAUUUUGUUUAAAAACAAAAAAGCAAAAGCACAAACAAAAACAAUAAUAAAUAGCAAGGCGCAGACAGCGCCAACGUUGUGCAGUAGCACCUUCAUCACUCUACCCCUUGACAAAAAAAAACUAUGGUGACAGAAACAGCAGCAACAAGAAGAAGAAAACCAACAACAACGACGUUAAUGGAAUUUAUCCGUCCCUGCUGUUAAUAUUUUUGUUGAUAAUUUCUAAUAAUUAACGACUUAAUUAGUUUCACAACAACAAAAUCUCUUUAAUCCAAAAAAAUGGUGCAAAAUUUAGUUGUAGUUAUACCUCCUGUUAAUUUAAAUGCUGCUUCUUCCUUAGAUUCUGCUGCUUCGGAAGGCAGUGAGAGUUCUUUCAACGAUAUACCACUGACAGCGCUUAGUAAAAAUACCAGAAAACAAUUAUCAAAUUCGUUGAAUUCUAAGAAGGUCUUACGUUCUGAAGAGGGCUAUGAACGGGAUUGGCGUGGUAUUGCUAUGCUAACACAACAGAAAAAUUUUUGUGAUGAAAAUGCUCUCAGCGGCGGUGAUCCAAUGUCAAAAGUAUUGCAACUCUGGUGUAGCAAUAGCCCGAAAACAGCAACUUUUGCAAAUUUAGAGCGCUUCUUAGGUAGAAUCGAUCGUUGGGAUGUUUCUGAUGAUAUUUAUGAAAAUUUAGAUUUAAACGUAAAUGGUUUAACUAUUCUAAAGGGUAACUCCCAUCCCCCUGCUACAGCAGCAAGCACAACGAUUUUGGAGGUGGAAAAUUAA